GCUUUGGUUAGAUAUUUAUAUUAAAUUAAUCUAUGUAUCAAUUCAUUAUAAAUUGAUCAGCCACCAAUUAAACAUCAACAACUAAACCGUUAAUUGUCAAGUGUUAUCAUUUAUUAUCUUCAUUUAAUAUCUGAAUAUGUGUUUGUGAUUCAAUCAAUCAAAUUGUGUAUUAAUUGUGAGUGUUAAUCAUUGGAUUUAUCAAUAUAUCUAUUAUCGUCAAUUUCAUCUCUAUAUUUAUCCAGAUAACAAUUUAGGAACUUAAUUACUAAAGAUGAUUCAAAUUACUCGUUGGUUAUAUUCUCAAUGCUCUAUCAUUAUUUUACUAAUUACUCUACUCCCACUGAUUUAUUCGUAUCCACAAUCAAAUUCUGGCUCAGAGUAUAUUAAUCAACGUGCACUUCGAUCCCAAAAAGUUAGAACUUGUGGACGUAAUCUGAUGAACUUAAUUCAAUUAGUUUGUUCUGGUUCGAUGCCUGGUAAACGUAAUUAUCAUGAUGAAUCCUGGACAUCAAAAGAACUUAGACCUUGGUCUCUACACUCAAAGUUUAAUCUUGAAGAUAAUGAUUCAGAAUCUGACGAUUUCAUGGACACCAGAGCAGCUCUUUCAUUAUUUGGUACAAGUAAGCGAUCAGUUAACAAUGACAAUCAAAUUUUCUUUCGAAAUGUUCGAGGUGCUUCAGAUGAAUGUUGCAAAAAAUCGUGUUCUUUUGAUGAACUUCGAGCCUAUUGUCGUCCAUCCGGUAGAUGAAAUCUUAAUUGAUCUAAAUUGUGGUCUCUCUUGUUCAAUAAUUAACUUUGCGGUGAAUAAUAAUAUCUAAUAAAUGAACAAUCAAAAAUUUCAAUUUAAUUUCUUCUUAAAGUUCAUCAAUAAAAAUAGUAAAUUAUUGUUUAAUGUUAAA